GGCCCUAGGAAUCUUAAAUUCUGAGGUGGAGAAAAUGGACACCAUAGACACAGGUUUCGUUUCUCAUAUGUUCCCAAGAUUCUCUCCAAGUGGUGACAAGAUCUACUGUAUUGCUGGCAGUACCACCCGACCUUACUGUGUUAUUGAAGUGCAUGUCGAAAGCAAGCAUGUGGUGAUUAUUAAGGAUACAAAGCACGAUGAGGUGGACCCAGGGUACAUUAGUGAACCUAAAGCUGUCACGUACCCCACCGAGGAUAAUAAAGUUGCACAUGGAUAUCUGUAUUUACCAAAGGUCAGUUAACUGUAGGCUGUUGUGAAUUGUUAUUUAGAUAAGUCGGUUGGUCAGCCUGUUCACCAGUCAGGUUGUCAGCCAGUCAGGUUGUUGGUAAGUUGUCGGUUGGUUGGUCAUUCACAUAGGUUAUGCAAUCUGUCUUUUCAACAACUUACUACAUGUGUGGUCUCGCUGAUAAAUAUCGCAUCAGGGCACCCCCUGUAUGCGAUCCCGCCCACAAACUACUGUGAAAAGGCGUUGGAGAGUCACGGCAGCUCUUGAAAUUCUUUGAUGUUUGUGGGCGCGGUCGCAAUCAUACCCUGAUGCGUUGUUCACCAGUGAGAGACCGCACAUGGGUGGUUUUCGUAGUAUCUUACUUCUUCAUUUUCACCAAAUGGCUACAUCAAAAAUUUCACCUUGUAGAACAAAGAUUACGCUGCACCCCCCGGUUCUCUCCCACCCCUGCUAGUGAAAGUACAUGGUGGUCCCACCUCUUCAACCUUACCGAAUUUUGAUUUGAAUAAACAAUUCUUCACCAGUCGUGGAGUGGCGAUCUUGGAUGUAAACUACAGAGGCAGUACUGGAUAUGGCAUGCAUUACAGAAAAGAACUGUAUGGAAAGUAAGGAGUUUUGAGUUUGGGUUAUAUGAAAUAACAUGCAUGACUGCCGAAGUCAGGGAGCCAUGAAGCAACGCUGUCUCCAUAUUAUAAAGGUCUAACUCCAAAUUCAAAACUUCGAAACUUAGGUGAAUUAUGAAUUCAGGAGUUGCAAGCCAACUACGUUGCUACCCACAAUCUUCGUUCAAAUUUUGCUGUACGGAUACUCGAUUAUUUGUAGCCAAUAUAGUUGGACAAAUUUUGGCAUUGAUAAUUGAAACAAUUUUAUUCUUAGCAUGAGGCUAAACACUAAAAUGUAUAGUAUAUAAAACAACAUGAGAGCUUGUCAAUUAUUUAAGACAGCUUUCUUUUUUACGAUUUGAGCUGAACUGCUUGAGAACAUUUCUCAAUUCAGGAGUUGCAAGCCAACUACGUUGCUACCCACAAUCUUCGUUCAAAUUUUGCUGUACGGAUACUCGAUUAUUUGUAGCCAAUAUAGUUGGACAAAUUUUGGCAUUGAUAAUUGAAACAAUUUUAUUCUUAGCAUGCGGCUAAACACUAAAAUGUAUAGUAUAUAAAACAACAUGAGAGCUUGUCAAUUAUUUAAGACAGCUUUCUUUUUUACGAUUUGAGCUGAACUGCUUGAGAACAUUUCUCAAUUUCAAUUCACGUGAAUAACGCACGACUUUGGAAAAAAAAAACAAAUGCAGUGCAAAAUUAUUUUCAUAUCUUACAGUUGGGGCAAAGUAGACGUGGAAGAUUGCUGUAAUGGAGCUCUGUAUGUUGCAAAUUCCAUGAAAGCUGCAGAUCGUGAGAAACUUUGUAUCGAUGGUGGUUCAGCUGGGGGUUAUACAACACUAGCAUGUCUUACACAACGUAAUGAAGUAUUUAAAGCCGGUGCCAGCAUGUUCGGCGUAUCUGAUGUCGAGGCUUUGGUGAAAGAGACACAUAAAUUUGAAAGUCGUUACAUUGAUUCAAUGAUUGGGCCAUACCCUGAAUGUAAAGAAUUGUAUAAAGAAAGAUCACCAGUAAAUCACGUGGACAAACUCAACUGUCCUAUGAUCUUCUUCCAGGGAGACGAGGAUAAGGUAACCACGGGCGUUUUAUUUAUGUUUGUUAUCGCCUGUUAAAUUAGAUUCCUUAGUGGAAAUUCGAAGGAAAUUUUGAUUUUGAAUAAUUUGAAAAGUCUGCAGACUCUACGGAACUAAGUCUUAAGUUAACGGCCGGUGAAUUUUAUUUUUUACGGACAUGUUAACUGAUCAGAUAAAAUGCGCAGUUUGCAAAAAAGCAUGCUAGAAAAAGAAUGCAAACAUUUUCUUAAUUGGCUUCGCUGUGACGGGCAUCAAAAGUUUAUGGUACGGUACCAGCUUUUUUGUACCAGACAUGCAGAAAAUUCGAAAACCAUAGGAACCAAGAAUUACCAAAAGUUAAGUAUGACUGGUCAUGAUUGAUCAUUCAGGAAGUGAUCAGCACGACCAAUCAUUGUAAAUAUUGAAAAGCUGCCCGAUCAUUAUUAGCCAAUGUCCGAGCAAUUGCACACUGGAGCGGACAUUUGUCAGACCCAAGCGAAAUUGUUAGAAUCCAUUGUUCUCUCUUUCAGAUUGUUUUGCCCAAUCAGGCAGAAAUGAUGUUCAAUGCCGUGAAAGAGAAGGGAAUACCUUGUUGCUAUGUCCUUUAUGAAGGUACGGGGAAUUAAGGCCAUGUUACAUGAAGUAACGUUUGCUAUAACUUGCAAUGCUGGGUAGUUUAUUUGAUAUUUCCUACACUGACUAGGUGAACAACAUGGAUUUCGAAAAAGUGAAAACAUCAUUGCGACGUUAGAAGGAGAAUUUUGUUUCUUUGCCAAGGUGUUUGGAUACGAACCUGCAGACAUCGAAUGCAAGGUAUGGUUGUUUAAAUGUGUACUCAGUUUGUAAUAUGUAUAGCUCAGUGAGUCGCACUCAGUUUGUCACGAAUGCCACGCUACGAUGACGCGCCAGCCUCCUCCACAGGCCCUCAUGUUUCAUGGGAAGGUCCUAACUUCUAGAGGUCACAACCACUGAACUGCAGAAUUUGUGCGUGAUCUUCCCAUGGUGCAACACGGCCUGCGGAGGAGGCAGUGAAAUGAACUGGAACGCUAUCUCCAACUGGAAAUUUGAAGCCAAACUUGAAGGCCAGUCCCAGUCUUUUCACACAUGUGAAGAGCGCUCAGUCAGUCAAUCAUGAUAUAUACACGCGUGUCUUGGAAAAAGAAAAGGCAGUUUAUCUUAUGGUAUAGCGUUGCAGUUAUAUUCAUUUCAAUGGGAGGAGGCAGCCUAAGCCUGGGGCGCGAAUGUGAUAGCCUGGUGCGAGAAUGAUGUCAUUCUUAUAACUGCGAGUUGACCACUAACUAGUAACUACUGUACAGUGCUGUCACUUUUAAGGAAUUAUCCUUAAAAAUAGGAAUUUCAAAUGUUUUCAAUUUUUAGUGCUUAGAAACGUUUCAAGGAAUUUUAAUUAAGGAAAUCUGAGGAAUUUUUUCUAAGGAAUUCGAAAAUUUGAUUGUGAGAGCACUGCUACUGUACAACAGUGAACCAUCUAUUUAUGCAUGUGUUAAAAAUUUUCAUUGUUGUUUUUAGUUGAACAUAGAAAACCUGGAAUCCGUACAGAGAUGAAAACAGGUUGAAGGACGGUUGUCUUGGAUUUUUGACUGGUAUUUUUUAUGAAAUAGAUAUAGGUAAGAUCCUUAUUAUGUAGUUAGAGCGGAGAAAUUUUACAUGAGUGAAUUUUAAAAUGAAUCUUGAUUUAUAAACCUUUUCAUUUUGUACGCCAAACCUCAUAACAAAUCAUAAGCAAUAUAAUAGUUUCAAAUACGCAAGACUUUUAUUAUGAAUUUGACAUGAUAUUUUAUUUUAUUUUACACAUAAAAUCAAAUAAAUCUACAACUAACACUGAGAUAAAAGGAGCAGCGUGAAUUUUGCUACAAAACGUUAAGUUAGUAGAAUGUUAUCUGACGCAAUGUUUACUUGGGGAGUCCUCGUCACGUGACACGGGUGCGAAAUAAUCUCUGAUUGAUCUCGUAUUCUUUAAAACUGCACCAAACUCCUAGAGCAAGAAAUAAAGAACAUAAUUAGAAAAAAAUAAUAUCGAUACCGAUAUCAGCCUGUCGCCGGUGUUUCAAAAUCCAAAG